CAACGGGCCCCCGCAGCCCGGCCGGCCCUCGCUUGGCGGCGGCGGCGACUUCUACGACGUCGCCUUCAAGGUCAUGCUGGUGGGGGACUCGGGCGUGGGGAAGACCUGCCUGCUCGUGCGCUUCAAGGAUGGGGCUUUCCUGGCGGGGACCUUCAUCUCCACCGUGGGCAUCGACUUCCGGAACAAAGUUCUGGACGUGGAUGGCAUGAAGGUGAAGUUGCAGAUUUGGGACACGGCUGGCCAGGAGCGGUUCCGCAGCGUCACCCAGGCUUACUACCGUGACGCUCAUGCACUGCUGCUGCUCUAUGAUGUCACCAACAAGGCCUCCUUUGACAACAUUCAGGCCUGGCUGACGGAGAUUCAGGAGCAUGCCCAGCACAAUGUGGUGCUCAUGCUGCUGGGGAACAAGGUGGACUCUGCCCAGGAGCAUGUGGUGAAGAGAGAGGAUGGAGAGAAGCUGGCCAAGGAGUACGGGCUGCCCUUCAUGGAGACCAGCGCCAAGACGGGCCUCAACGUGGACUUGGCCUUCCUUGCCAUAGCAAAGGAGUUGAAGCAGCGCACCAUGAAGGCCUCCAGUGAGCCCCACUUCCGGCUGCACGAGUAUGUCAAGAGGGAGGGCCGUGGGGCCUUCUGCUGCAGACCCUGAACCGGGCUGGGCAUGGCCACUGGGCUUCCUGCUGGGAGGCCCAGGCUCAGCCCAGCCCCUGCAAGUCUGGAUAGAGGGUCUGCAGGCCCCUCCAACUUCGUCACCCAGUGGUCAAUUCCAAGGUGUCAGUUUCCAGGACUUCCAUGGUGAGCCUUGCCCUUCCCUUGUCCGAGCAGCAAUCUAGAGCCUUGGUCCCAACAAAUGGGCUUCAGGGAGCUAGUGGGUCCGCAGCACCCCCUUCACCAGCUGCUGCCUGAGGGCCUUGCCCCCAAGCUCUUCACAGAAAAGCAACUGUGGUCUGUACAGGAGGGAGGACCCCUCAAUGAGCAGGCGGUGCUGGGUGCCUGGUUGGCUGCUAGCCACAGCGCUCUGCUGCCCCCUCCUGGGCUCAGCCAGCU